GCGCAGGCUCCCCCGGACGCGCCGCUCCCGCCUCUCCGAGCAGCGCAGCGCAGCGGGGCCGCAGCGGGCCGGGAGAGCGGCGCGGCGGGGCCGGCAGCGCGGCGGGACUCGGCCCCGGAGCGGAGCGCCGAGAGCGGGGAGCGGAGAGCAGGCAGCCCGCUGGGUCCCGGGCCGGAGCGAGAGGCGGAGCGGCGGGGGAUGGAGCCCCGGGCCUAGAGGCGGCCGCCCUGCCCGACCCCCUGCGGGCGCAGCACGGGCGGGGGUCGGGGCGGGCGGGCAGCGGGGAUGGGCCCGGCCGCGGGCGGGGAGCGCCGCCCGCCCCCCGAGCGCAGCCCCUGAGCCCGGCGGGGACGGGCACGGGCCCCCCGCGCCCGGCAGGAUCGGCCGCUUCUGCAAAGGGUUUCUUUUUUUCCCCCGAGUCCACCGAGAUUGUUUUGUUGUUGUUGUUGUUGUUGUUGGAGUUUUUUUCUUGCUGGAGUUUUUUUGCCUUUAUCCCCCACGCCCCACUUCCGUGGUUUGGAUAUUCUGGGUGACUGCACGAAGAGUUUUGGAGUUGUUUUGGAUUGGGUUUUUUGGUGGUUUUUCUUGGGUUUUUUUUGGUUUUUUUUUUUUUUUUGUUCUCUUCUCUUGCCCUUGAACUGAGUUUGUCCUCUGUGCAUGCCUCUUCUGGAGCAAGGCUGGAUCCUGAACCUCGGUGCAUGUAAGGGGCAAAGCCUCGUUCAUAUUCCUGCAAUAAGAGUAAAAUGUAAAUUGGAUAAUACGACUUCUUGCCAAAGGCUCCAAUGAGUGGCACACAGUCCACAAUCACGGACAGGUUUCCUCUCAAAAAACCUUCGAGACACGGCAGCAUUCUGAGCAGAGAGUCUCCAGCAGACAAGAAGCAGAAGGUUGAACGCUGCAGCAGCACCCACGACUUCGAUCCCACAGAUAGCUCCUCCAAGAAGACAAAGUCUAGUUCUGAGGAGAGUAGAUCCGAGACGUAUGGCCUGGUGCAGAGGUGUGUGGUGAUCCAGCGGGAUGAGAACGGCUUCGGGCUGACGGUCAGCGGGGACAACCCCGUCUUCGUGCAGUCUGUCAAGGAAGAUGGAGCAGCCAUGCGGGCUGGAGUGCAGACAGGUGACAGAAUUAUCAAGGUGAACGGGACUCUGGUAACACACUCGAACCAUUUGGAGGUGGUCAAGCUGAUCAAGUCGGGUUCCUAUGUAGCUCUCACUGUCCAGGGGCGCCCUCCAGGGUCGCCCCAGAUUCCCCUGGCGGAUUCUGACGUGGAUCUGGCAGCUUUUGGGCAUAUGUCUCCCAUCAUGGCAUCCCCCCACUCGCCUGGCGCGUCAGGGAAUGCAGAAAGGAUCACCAGCCCAGUGCUCAUGGGGGAAGAGAAUAACAUUGUCCACAACCAGAAGGUGGAGAUCCUGAGGAAGAUGCUCCAGAAGGAGCAGGAGAGGCUGCAGGUCCUGCAGGAGGAGUACAGCCGAGCCCCCUCCACCCGCCUGCUCAAGGAGAUCCAGGAGGCAAAGAAACACAUUCCUCAGCUGCAGGAGCAGCUCUCCAAGGCCACGGGCUGCACCCAGGAUGGAGUCCUGUCCUCCAGGUCCGUGUCGGAGUCGCUGCAGAUCAGCGAGGGGGAGGCAGAGAGCGGGGACAGCGGCAGCAAGCUGGAUUUCAGUGGUGACAGCCCCUCCAGACCCAACAGUGACAUUGCUGAUAGCCCUCGCAGUGGCCUGAAGGAGAGGAUUUACCCAGAUGAGAGCCCAGAAAAGGCUGAGCUUCAAGACACUGACUCGCAGUGCAGUGUUGGCAGUCCCCUGUCCCGAGUGGGCACUCAGAUCAUUGGAGCAGAGGAUGAUGAUUUUGACACGGAGCAGGAGCAGAUUAACGGGCAGUGCAGCUGCUUCCAGAACAUCGAGCUCCUGAAAUCCCGCCCGGCUCACCUGGCUGUCCUCCUGCACCACGUGGUGUCCCAGUUUGACCCCGCAGCACUGCUGUGCUACCUUUACACAGACCUGUACAAACAGACCAACUCCAAAGAGACCCGCCGUGUUUUCCUGGAGUUUUACCAGUUUUUCCUGGACAGAGCUGCAAACCUGAAAGUCCCAGUUCCAGAGGAAAUCUCCUUGGAAUUAGACAGGAGAAGGCCAGAGCUGCUCCCUGAAGAGCUGCACCGCCAGUUCAUCCAAACCAUGCAGGACAAAGUCUGCCCGGAGGUUCAGAGGAACCUGGAAGAUUUCAGGCAGAAGAGGAGCAUGGGGCUGACCCUGGCCGAGGGGGAGCUGAGCAGGCUGGACGCGGAGCGGCUGCGCGACCGCAACGCCGUGGAGAAGGAGAGGAGCUGUGCAGAGCAGAUCCUGGCCAAAAUCGAGGAGGUCCUGAUGACAUCUCAGCCUCUGGAGGAAGACAAGAGCUCCACCAUGCAGUAUGUGAUCCUCACCUACAUGAAACACCUGGGAGUGAAGGUCAAAGAGCCUCGGAACCUGGAGCAGAAGCGGGGCCGGAUUGGUUUCCUGCCAAAGAUCAAGCAAAGCAUCAAGAAAGAGAAAGAAGGAGAGGAGAAAGGGAAGAGGAGAGGCUUCCCCAACAUUCUGGGCCCCCCGAGGAGACCGAGCCGACACGACAGCAGUGCAAUUGGCAGGGCCAUGGAGAUGCAGAAGCCCAGGCACCCCAAGCACUCACCCACAGCCUCCUCUGUGAGCCCAGAGCCCCCCGAGUCCAGCAAGAUGCGCCAGAGUGGCUCCUCCAGCGAUGGCACAGAUGCCCCUUACCCCCCUGCCAACCCCAUGUCCCCCCUGGCAGUGGGGCCCUUUGCCUCUCCAGAGGGCAGCAAGGACAGUGACACAGGUGUGAAGCAGCCUGGGGAAGCCCCACCUGCCAGCGAGUCCGUGGAUGGCACCCCCCGCACGCCCAACAACACCUUUGAGUUCCCAUCUCCUUUGGAAAACCUGCAGGAGGAGGAGGGAGAGUCGGAGAGGAUGGUUGACAUGGGAACACCGAAGCCUUUUCGCAAGAUGGACAGUGUUGGCUUUGCAGAUGUGCAGAGUGAGGAUGAGCUCUAUGACUUCGACAUGGACACGGACCCUCCCAACUGGCAGCAGCUCGUGAGCAGGGAGGUGCUGAUGGGGCUCAAACCCUACGAAAUCAAACGCCAGGAGGUGAUAAAUGAGCUGUUCUACACGGAGCGAGCCCACGUGCGCACGCUGAAGGUCCUGCACAACGUCUUCUACCAGAGGGUCACCAGGGAGGGCAUCCUCAGCUCCAGUGACAAGAGGAAAAUCUUCUCCAACCUGGAGGACAUCCUUGGGCUGCAUGUUGCACUGAACGAUCAGAUGAAAGCUGUCCGAAAAAGGAACGAGACUUCUGUCAUUGGCCAAAUUGGGGAAGAUUUGCUCUCCUGGUUUAGUGGAGCAGCAGAGGAGAAGCUGAAACUUGCCACUGCCACCUUCUGCAGCAACCAGCCCUUCGCUCUCGAGGUCAUCAAGUCCCGCCAGAAGAAGGACUCGCGCUUCCAGACCUUCGUGCAGGAUGCUGAGAGCAAUCCCCUGUGCCGGCGGCUGCAGCUGAAGGAUAUCAUCCCCACAGAGAUGCAGAGGUUGACCAAAUACCCCCUUCUGCUGGAUAACAUUGCUAAAUACACAGAGCUGCCUGAGGAGAAGGAGAAGGUCAAGAAAGCAGCAGAUCACUGCCGCCAGAUCCUCAACCACGUCAACCAGGCUGUCAAAGAGUCGGAGAACAAGCAGCACCUGGAGGAUUAUCAGCGGCGACUCGACCUCUCCUACUUGAAGCAGUCGGAGGAUCCCAUGAUGGAUGAGUUCAGGAACCUGGAUCUAACGAAGAGAAAAAUGCUGCAUGAAGGGCCCUUGACCUGGAAGGUGAAUCGUGACAAAACCAUCGAUCUGUACACUCUGCUGCUGGAGGACAUCCUGGUGCUGCUGCAGAAACAAGAUGACAAACUGGUGCUGAAGUGCCACAGCAAGAUCCUGGCAUCCACAGCUGACAGCAAGCACACCUUCAGCCCCAUCAUCAAACUCAACACCGUGCUGGUUCGCCAGGUGGCCACAGAUAACAAAGCUUUCUUCGUCAUCUCCAUGUCGGCGACGGGGGCUCACAUCUACGAGCUGGUGGCACAGACUGUCUCAGAGAAGAAUGUCUGGCAGGACCUUAUAGCUCAGAUGGCAGGAACUGUGAAGAUGGGCAGCAGCAGAAGAGUGAUCCCACUGCCUCAGUCAGGCCCUGGCGAAGAGGAGCGUGAGGAAGAGGAGCAGCAGAAGCUCAAAGAGCAGCAUGACAUUCCUGCCAGCAGCCUGCAGAGUCCAGAUAAAGAUUUGGGCCUGGAGUCUCCCUUAAUACUGAACCCUGAGUCCUCUUCACCCAUCAUGUCUGAGAAGGCCAAGGUGGAAGGGCUGCUGGGGGCUGAGGGACAGUUUGAGAAGGCGCAGCAGGCGGAGCUGGCACUGAAGGACUCCUCUGCCUGCUUUGAACACCCUGGCAGCAGCUCAGCCUCGGUACCAGAGGGGCAGUGGGCACGGGACGCCCUGAGGAACUUGGGGCUGCUGAAGCAGCUCUUGGUGCAGCAGCUCGGCCUGGCUGAGAAGGGGACCCUGGAGGACAGACAGCGCUCGCCCAGGUUCAGGAGCGUGUCCCAGGAAGCCCAGACGCAGAGUGGCAACGAGCUGCAGCAAAUUCCAAGUUCUGAGAGCAAAUUCCAGCAGCCUGGAGAGGACGGAGCCCUCGGCAGAACUGGCGAGGCCGCGGGCGGGCACGGCGCCCGGACUGCAGCGGCGCGCCCGGCCUCGGGGGAUGCCAUGCAGCUGGUGGGCACCGAGCCCCCUGCCAGGGGCGGUUUGCCCAUGGACAGCAUGAACCUGGAGGGCUCCAGCUCGGAGCUGGAGGGGCUGGGGGCCGAGGAGAGCGGGGAGCAUUUCUUCGAUGCUCGGGAAGCUCACAGCGACGAGAACCCCGGCGAGAGCGAGCUGCUGGACAGGAAGGAGGAGGAGGAAGAGGAGGAGGAGGAGGAAGAGGUGCAAAUUCGGAUCUCAGGAAAUUAUUUGAUCCUCGACGGAUACGGAACCGUGCAGGAGAGCUCCACGGACGAGGAGGUGUCAGCCCUGGUCCUGCAGUGCACCUCGCACAGGCAGCCCCCCCUGGACUGUCCCCAGCAGCAGCAGCAGCCCCUGUCCCCAAGGGACACCCAGUCGGACGGGGGCAGCUCGCCCUUCCCCGAGGAGCUGCGCUGGGCAGGGCUGGAGGAGCCCUGCCCCUUCCUGGGCAGCCCCCAGCUCCCUCUGGAGACCCGAGUGCAGCUCAUGCAGUACAUCCACAACAUCCAGGAUGCCCUGGAGAAGCUAAAGGAGGUGGAGGAGGAUUACAGCGUUCUGCGGCGCCAGGGGCUGGCUGGCUCAGCCUCCACGGGAGAGCACUCAGACAAAAGCUAGUCGUGUUUCCAGGAGUGGCUGAAGAUGGGAUGAAGAGAAUCAGGACACAGCACCCGCUGUCUCCCCUGUGGACUCUGGGAUGAGGGUUUGGAGCAUCCAAACAGGAACCAUUCUCUAGCAAAGUGGGCAUGGGGUGCUUUUCCUGUGGGGCAUCUGCACUAUCUUGUCAGUGAGGGAGUCUAUUCUAUUCUGCUCCUCUCCUUGCUACCAGAAAUUCAACUUUUUUUUUUUUUCAGAACAGAAAAAAAAAAAAACCAAACCAAAUGUACAGAGCUUUGGGUGUAGGAUAUAAAAAAAAAAUGUAUUUAGACAUUUAAAAGAAAAAAAAAAUCAAUGUAUUUAUUUGACUUCAUUCCGUGUAUCAAAAGCACAUUUUAAUUUUUUAAUCUGCCUUUUUUUUUUUUGGUUUUUUUUGUUCUAUUUUUGGGUAGUGACAGUUCUGGCCCCCUGCACGUGGCCCACCCUGCCUGGUGAGGGGACAGGGGGGGACCUGUGUGCAGGUGUUUCCUCACUGGACUGGACUCUGCACUCCCUGCUGGCACUCAGACUACCAAGAGCUACUCAUGAAGGUGUUAGGAUGGAAUUUAUGGCUGGAAUUUGUUCUGUAUCCAACCAACUGCGUGGGAAUUGCUCCUGUCACCACGUGUGGAACAGGAAUCUUCCAUGCACUAAACAGCCAGGCACUUGAGAUGGGCAAAUUUCCCUUUUCCCCUUUCCCAUUCCUUUGCUGGGAGAGGAGAAAGAGGUUUAAUUUUGGUUUAAUUUUGGUUUGUUUUUUUUUUCCCUUGACUUUGUUGGCUUUGAUCAUUGUCUCCUUUGUAAAGUGAUAAAAAAAAAAAAUACUUGGACCUGCA